CGAUCUGCAGCAGUAUAAAAGCUAAUUCAACCCACAUAUUCAUACUUUAAGUAGGCUAAAGUAAUUGUUACCAGUCCCUUAACGCACGUUACUGAAGCCCCAGGCAAAAUGCCGGAAAGGGAGGAGCAGGUCCUUGAGCAGCUGUUGGAGAAGGCGUGCCCACGACCAGCAUACCUUGCUUCAUCGCACGGUGGCCCGGUACUGGCGCUGGCCUUGCACUGCCGGAUGAUUGAAGCAGGCUUCGUGCUAGGCACGGAAGCUGGGGCCAACCCGUCUCCCGAGGCACGCUACAUGCCGCAUAGGAACUGGAAUGGGGAUUAUCUGGACCAAUGGGUGUUUGAGUACACGAAGCCCGGCAAGGCCCGGAAGUUUACACUGCAUUGCUCGCUCCAGGCGCGAAGCAAGCGCAUGUACAUCCACGCCUCGGAGGAGAACAACCAGGGAAACACCUGCGUGCUGGGCCUGCAGCUGGACAACUACGUGCCCGACACCGCCCCCCUGCGCUCCAACCGCUGGACCGGCGUGCUGCGUGAGGCGGCCAAGAUGAAGGCCCUCUUCACGCAGUACGUCACGCAACCGCUAACGGAAAACGCGCAGGACGACCAGCAGCCGGAGGCACCGGCGGCCCCCCCGCAGCAACAACCAGCGGGUGCUGGGGCUGCGGCGGCUCCAGGAGCGGUUGGGGCGGCUGUGGCCGCAGCCGCGGCCCCAGCGCUGCAGCCGCCGGCGGUGGCGGGCGGUGCCGCUGCUGGCGGCUGGUGGGCUGCAUUGGCGGGCGGGCGGCUGCAGCGGCCG